AUGGAUAAUAUGGACGACCCUUCUCAAGGGGCGGACAUAUGUAGGGUUUGCCGAUCGGAGGGCAUGCCCGAACGGCCAUUGUUUCACCCAUGCAUAUGUACAGGCAGUAUCAAGUAUAUACACCAAGAGUGUUUGGUACAAUGGAUGCAUUACAGUCGUAAAGAGUAUUGUGAACUCUGUAGUUAUCAGUUUUCAUUUACUCCGAUUUAUGCUCCUGACAUGCCACGGCGAUUACCAAUUAAAGAUGUUGCUGCUGGUGUUACUUCCAGUGUGUUAACUGGCAUCAAAUAUUGGCUACAUUUUACUUUGGUGGGGUUAGCAUGGCUGUGUGUUGUACCUUUUACAGCUUGUCGGAUUUACCGUAGUUUAUUCAAUGGUUCUUUUGAUGCUGUAAGAAAUUUAAUCUCUUUUAAAAUAUUGAAAGGAGAUACCUAUUUAUUUUAUCAACAAUGUUUAUUUACAAAACUUUAGGUAAUUUCAUUGCCUCUCGAUAUGUGGUCUUCGAAAAACAUUUCUGGUGACAUAUUUCACGGUUGUUUUGUUGUGACUUGCACAUUGUUUGCCUUUAUCGGAUUAAUAUGGCUACGAGAACAAAUAUUGCAUGGUGGUGGUCCUGAUUGGUUGGAAAGAGAUGAACCAAAUAAUCAACAACAACAACUGAACGUAUUGUUGCCUCCGAUUCCUGAAGAUAAUCCUGCCGAAGAGGUAAGGCGUAUAUUGUGUUAUAUAUUUAAAUAGAAGUACGCUAACAACAAUAUUAAUAGGCUGAUGGAGAAGUCCGUCAAGAAAAUGGAAAUCAAGUAGAUGAAGGUCACUGGAACCCAAUAGAUUGGGGUGAUCGAGCGGCUGAAGACUUAACAUGGGAACGUCUUUUGGGAUUGGAUGGGUCACUGGUAUUUUUAGAACACGUGUUUUGGGUAGUAUCCAUGAACGCAUUAUUCAUAUUGGUAUUUGCGUUCUGUCCGUAUCAAAUGGGUAAUCUUGCAAUCUCUGCAAUGUCCCUACAAGAGAAGGUGGCUGCUUCACAUUUUGAAGGAUUGGUGACUACACUUUGUGGUUAUUGUCUCAUUGGCAUGUGUUUGCUGAUGAUGCACACAAUUGCAACUAUUAUUGGAUUCAGGCGCUCUAAACGUAUACUUGGACUAAGCUAUAUUGUUGUAAAAGUGAGAUAAAAUUAUUUAUUCAAAUUUAGUAUAUAAUUUAUAAUAUAAUUAAUAAUUAAUUAAAUAUUUUAUUAUUACAUUAUUUUAAGGUAUCCUUGUUAUCUGUUGUCGAAAUCGGUGUACUGCCUUUAGUGUGUGGAUGGUGGUUGGAUAUAUGUUCAUUGUCAAUGUUUGAUGCCAGCUUUAAAGACAGGCUAACAAGUUUUCGUAUGGCUCCUGGUACUUCUAUGUUUAUUCAUUGGUUAGUCGGUAUGGUUUAUGUUUAUUAUUUUGCUUCAUUUGUGUUGCUCCUUCGAGAAAUUGUUCGACCUGGUGUCCUGUGGUUCUUGCGAAAUUUAAAUGAUCCAGAUUUCAGUCCUAUACAAGUAAUUAAAUAAUAUAUUUAAUAAUGACUGAUUUCAAUGUAUAAAAAAAAUAAAUAUUUUUCUUUAUAGGAAUUGAUACAACAAGGUAUGUUCCAACACGGACGGAGACUUAUUGCAUCGGCAAUGAUUUUUGGUACAGCUGUUUUUCUUGUCAUUUGGUUGCCGAUACGCAUUCUUAAAUUUAUAUGGCCUUCGUUUUUACCAUACAAUGUUACUCUGCACAGUGAUUCUGUGAAUGAAUUAUCUAUGGAGUUGUUACUUCUCCAAGUCAUAUUGCCAGCAUUAUUGGAACAAACACACACUCGUAACUGGUUAAGAUUAGGCAUAUAUUUUUGGUGUUUCGCCGUUUCGUAUUGUCUCGGAUUAACAUCUUAUCUAAUUGGAGACAGACGAGAACCACAACCUGAUGUACCGCCUAUACAUCCGCCAGCAGCAGAUUUGGGAGCAGCUCACGAAGGAUUAUUAAGACGUGGUGGCCCAGUUGGAUUUCGACCAUACUCUCGACCUGAUAAUUUUGUAUUACGUCUGAUAGUUUUAUUAAUAGUGAUGGCUAUAUCAGUGGUAUUUAUCAGCUUAUCAAUAAUUACGAUACCUGUGUGGUUGGGUCGCUUAGCAAUGUCUUUUUGGCCAUCACUAUUGCCUACUACCUCUGAACCAUCACAAGCACCCAAUAUACACGAACUCUAUACAGCAGCGUGUGGUACAUACAUAUGUUGGUUGUCGGUGAGAGCUUACUUUUUUGUAGCAGGUUGGAUGCCUGAAGGCCGUACAGUUGUUUUAAAUCGUUUAAAGUUCUGGAUCAAAGUUGGUUUAAAAGCUAUAGUUGCAUUUAUCGUGCUGCUUGGCAUAAUACCAUUUUUGUUUGGUCUACUGCUUGAACUCGUUAUGGUCGUUCCAUUCCGUGUUCCUCUGCACCAUACACCAGUGCUUUGGGCAUGGCAAGAUUGGGCACUGGGUGUAUUGUACAUGAAAAUCGCAUGUGCCAUUACUUUGAUGGGACCUGAUUGGAAACUGAGACGAGCCAUAGAACGCACUUACAGAGAUGGCUUCAUGCGGUUGGAUCUAAAUGUAAUGAUGAACGACUUGGCCAUUCCUGUAAUUUCCGUUCUCAGUUUGUUUCUUGCCAUACCAUAUGUAAUAGCAUAUUCUUUAGUACCAAUAGGAAUCAAUAACAAAAUGCUGAGAUUGUUAAUUGCCAGACGAAUAUACCCGACUCUUAUGGCAUCAAUAAUUAUCACUAAAGGUCUGUUAAUGCAGGUGCGCCAGUUUAAAAGGCUUUAUGAACACAUUAAGAAUGAUAAAUAUUUAGUGGGCAGGAGACUUGUAAAUUAUAACCAUACAACCCCGGUUACAGGCCGAAAUUAA